GUGCAUAGCACCAUCUCGCCGGAAAUAGGCCGCACCGCAGCCGAGCUUUUCAUUGUCGGCUCCCGGCCUCCAGUCUUCAUGGGGAGGCCGCUCGGCGGCGGCGGCGGCGCCGGUUUGGAGAACGCCAACCCCCUGGUUUACCGGCGCCAGAGCGAGCGGCCCACCACAGCGCGCGAGCAGGAUGAGGGGCUGCCCGACGCCAUCGACGACCGCGAGAUAUUCGAUCUCAUCCGCGGCAUCCACGACCCCGAGCACCCGCUGACCCUGGAGGAGCUGAACGUGGUGGAGCAGCUCCGCGUGCAGGUGAGCGACCCCGAAAGCGCCGUGUCGGUGGAGUUCACACCCACGAUCCCGCACUGCAGCAUGGCGACCCUCAUCGGCCUCUCCAUCAAAGUGAAGCUGAUCCGGUCCCUCCCGGAGAGGUUCAAGGUGGAUGUCCACAUAACACCUGGGACCCAUGCUUCUGAGCAUGCAGUAAACAAGCAACUUGCUGACAAAGAGAGAGUCGCAGCUGCCUUAGAGAACAUGCACUUGCUCCAGGUGGUAAACCAGUGCUUGUCGGGACGAUCUUAGUGUCUGUGUGUCUCUGAGAACAUCUUCAAGGUCUGGUGGAGGCUGGCUUCUUGGUGAAAAAAAGGUCUUUUGUCCUCUGUUGGAGUAAAAAAAUGUAGUUCCUUAGCAAAAAGGCCAUUUAAAUUGGGUUGGGGAUAAACGUGGUUCUGAAAUAUUCCAUUUGAAUAGAGGAAUGUGCUUGUAAUAAUUAACAGAAGCCUUACACCUUCCUAGUCAAAUGGGUCUAUUUUUGAAAACCUCCAGUGAUGGAGCCCCCACAACCCAGGAAGGCAAUUCCAUUAAUUGUUCUCACUGCCAAUAAAUUUCUGCUAGGUUGGAUCUCCCUUUAACAAGAUUCCACCUAUUACUAUCCUGUUUCCCUGAAAGCUGAGAGCUCUUUUCGCCAUCUCCCCUGCUUCCUUGCUUCCCAUGGCUUCUUGUUGCUCUUUGCAGCAUCCCUCUCCUUUCUCCACUUCCCACUCAUUCUUCCUGGGUCUGGAACAACUCAGCCCUUCAUCUGAUUCUGUUCCAGAGCACCAACAUAAGAGGGUGGGGCACCCUAGAAAAGUGUGAGGCUAAUGGACUAAAGGCAAACAGCGCAUGCCCAGAGGCCAUCUACAUAUUUGUAAAAUGUGUCAUUCAUAUAUAUAUAUAUACAUACAUACACACACACACACACACA